AAAAUAACAAAUGAUAAUAGCAAGUAAAUUUUUUAACUUAUUUUUUUAUUUGCUAAUCAUUAAACUAAUUAAAAGUAAUUGACAUGGGUCAUGCCUAUUAUAUUUAGUGGCUGUUAAACCGAUAAAGUAUUGUUGUAAAGUGCUGGCUGUUAUACGGCGAGUUCUCGGAAUUGUAAAUGUAUAUAAUAUAUUCCAGUUUGAAAUACAAACAGAUUGUGCAUUGGGAUUUCAACAGACAACAAAGAAAAUUAAUAAAAUAAAAAUAUUUAAGAUCAAAAUAUGUCGGCAGGACGGCCAAUCAAAUGUGUAGUUGUCGGCGAUGGUACCGUGGGCAAGACUUGUAUGUUAAUAUCGUAUACUACUGACAGCUUUCCAGGAGAAUAUGUACCUACUGUAUUUGAUAACUACUCUGCACCUAUGGUGGUUGACAGUAUUCCCGUCAGUCUUGGUUUAUGGGAUACGGCUGGCCAAGAAGAUUAUGAUCGUUUAAGACCACUUUCUUAUCCACAGACGGACGUAUUUUUGGUCUGCUUUAGUGUUGCUAGUCCAUCUUCUUUUGAAAAUGUGGUUUCCAAAUGGUAUCCUGAAAUUAAACAUCACUGUCCAGAUGCUCCUAUGAUUUUAGUUGGUACGAAAAUAGAUUUAAGAGAAGACAAAGAAACGUUAAAUGUCUUAUCUGAACAAGGACUAUCCCCAAUCAAACGUGAACAGGGACAAAAGUUGGCCAAUAAAAUAAGAGCUGUAAAAUAUCUCGAAUGUUCUGCAUUGACUCAAAGAGGAUUAAAACUGGUAUUUGAUGAAGCUGUAAGAGCUGUUUUACGACCAGUACCACUUAAACACCAACAAAGGAAAUGCACUAUAGCUUAGUAUGACAGACUGAAGAAAGCAGCUGUAUUCCUACCUCUGUAUAAAAAUUUAAAAGGGUUGUUCAGACACUUCAUUCUUAAUUUUUUAAUUUUUUAAUCGUAUAUUCAAAUCUAUUUGGCAUGAUUUAUAUGUUAGCUUGAAAACCAAGUCCAAAAUCAGUGCCAUUUAGUUAAAUAUUGUUGUUUACCAAAGAUAUGUUUAAACGGUUAAUUUUAUACUUUUAAAAAAAUAAGCAUUUUACUUUUCCAUUGCCACGCAUGACUAUAUAUAUUAUAAACAGUACAAAAUUAAUAAACAGUCUUCCUCGGUUGACAAUGUAGUGCCUUUUUUAUAUUUUAAAUUAAUUCUCAUUAAUUUUUAUUUUAUUCAUUGCACUAUUAACUUUAGGCUUAUUAUAGAUUUUUUUUUAUCUAUUAUUUUGCUCAAAAAUAAUUUUUUGUAAAAACAAAGUACAUGAAUCUCUAUUAUUUAGUUAUUUACAUCUAGUCAUGCAACAUUUUUGUAAUUAAUGUAACAACAAAUUGGCAGCUUAGAUUAGAGGUUGUAAAAAAAUUGACUGGUCAACAUUAUUGUCAUACAUUCAAUUAAAAAGAUUGUCAUGUUUCAUAUUAUUAUAAUUAUUAUAAAUUGAAUUUUUUAAUUUAAAUAAAAUAAAUUUGUGUUACUAAACGAA